GUUCUAUACUUGAGAAUACCUUUGAUAACAAAUGCUAAUUUUGUGGAGCAGGAAUGUCAAUAUACAGGAUCUGCACUGGAUUUCUCACCUUUAGUCUAAGGAUAUUCAACAAUUCAGCCUCACAGUAGUCCUGAAAUUUAGACUUGUUUUAUUCACAUAAGCUCCUGAGACAUAGUCAUUGCAGAGGAUUUAAGUAUCCCUUGAUAGUUCCAGGGCCAUCCCUAGAAAAAAAAAUGAGUAUGUAUUGCUUCUUAUCAUUGCCUGUAGAAAUUGAUUAUACUUCAGAAAUACUUGGAAAGUAAAUUUCCAUGUGAAAAAUAGUUGUUGAGAAGCCCCAUCUUGCUGGUGGGGGUGGGGGUGGGAGGAAGCAGAAGAAGAGGAAAGCAAAGAAACAAAGGGUGGAGAAACAAAAAAAGGCAAUGCUUCCAAUUUACAAACAGAGGGAAUCACUUCUGGAGAGUUUGAUUCUUCAGGAUGGAACUGACCUUGGGUGUCACUUUUCACAUGACAUAAAUGUUCCAUUCAGUAAUAACAAGUCUGCUUGUUUAUCUUCCCUGUGAGAAGUUGGAAGUUUUGGAAGUUUGAAUGUGUGUAGUCAGGACUCAGAGAAACAGUAGCUUUUGAAACCUCUGCAUGGCCUUUCUCAUUCCUUGGCCAUCUCCAAUGCUGCUUUUGGUUGGGGGCCAUCCUACAUCUAAAGCGGGAAGAUGUUAGCUGCAAAGAAGAUGAAAAAGUUGCUGGAGUUGAUCAUCUCUUGGCUCCAACUUGUUAUGAAAAGUGGAAAGUAUGUGCUGGGGUACAAGCAGGAUCUGAAAAUUAUCAGACAAGGCAAACAGAAACUGGACAUCCUCACCAAUAACUGCCAGUCUUGUGGAAAUAGAUUAUAUUACACCAUAUUGGCCAAGACUUGUGUCCAUCACUACAGUGUCAGUAAUAUUGAAUUGGGCACAGCGUCUGGAAAAUACUGCAGAUUGUACACAUUGGCUAUUAUUGAUCCAGGUAAUUCUGAUAAUCAUUAGAAGCAUACCAGAACAGACUGGUGAAAAGUAAAUUCUGCAAAAAAUUGUUUUAAUAAAACUAGCCAGAGCUUGUUUAAAAAAGAAAAGACAGAAACUACUGCCUGGUGGCACUGAGGAACCUCUACAGGAUUCCUGCCCCCACUGGGCUCACCCACCACACCCAGCAUGAGUUCCCUUUCUGUGACUCUCACUAGCACACAAGUGUCCUACAGUAUUAGAUGCCUAGGGAGAAGUCAAGUUGGGGGGAGGGGUUAUGAGUCGUUACCUCAUUGUGAAGACCUCAGUUCUUCCUUUAGCCAUAGAAGGGAAAGUCUAAAAAGAGGUAUAAGGAUUAUCUUCCACAUUUAUACUUUAGGCUGUCUGCCCGUUCCCUAAAGAUUUUACUUGUAUCUUCUUUUAAAAAUAGAAUUGAUUUAAAACUUUUGUGUAUCAGAGGUCACUAUCAAGAGAAUAAAAAGGCA